CAAGUUCCGAACUUGAACACUACUUCUAAGAACAGCUCAAUUGCAUGAUCCCCCAGUACUAUAGUAGGCUGAGCGCUGCGCUCACAUCUUCUCGCGGUCUACCUGAAACAUUCACCGGCCCUAUAUAUCCUGUUACAGGUACUAUCAGCGAUGCUAGAUAGCACUCGAAAUAUUCUCACCUGAGAAUCAGAAAACGUCAGCAACUAAAUAUUCGCACCAUGACCCAAGUCGCGGAGGUAUACAGUUUUGUAAGCGCAAACAUGGCUUCCUUUAUGACUGGUCUUGGUAUAUCAUCUAUAGUUUUCUUAAUUUUGACCGCACAAGUCUGGAUCUAUUUCUGGAGACAUAAAAUUCGAUCUCAGGAAAACAUGCAGAACAAAGUUAUUGUUACCUUCAUCUGGUUAAUACAAGCUGCUCAAAUGGUAAUUAUUUCUCGGCUCUCGUCCAUUCAUACGAUGGAGUUCGAGGAUAGAUCUCGUUUCCUUGGCCAUCUGUUGACAGAAUGGGCGCUUUAUACCGGAAUGGGUUGCUUGACCACGUCCCUUGUGCACGGCGUUUUCGUACAUAGGGUUUUCAGACUUGAGAAAAUUCUUUAUGACAGACGGAGAAUAUCAUUCAUUUUGAUUGCAUUUUGUGUCAUGGAGCAAGUUUUUGGUCUUCUUAGCACAAUCUGCAUCUUCAAACUACGUGAUGAUCUUAACUAUAAUGUCACGGUUAUUUGGUCUAUUUCGAUUUCACUUGGUUGUUCAGCGAUCAACGAUGUUCUUAUCGCUGGAACUUUGGCCUAUAUUCUCCACAAACACAGGACUGUAUUCCGAAGAACGAACCAAAUGAUCACGAAACUCAUCAUAUUCUGCUCGCAAACGGGUUUGAUAACAACCGUGGCGGCAUCCAUCACUGUGGGACUUUGGGCAGUUGGCCGUUUCGAGAUUAACCAUCUAUAUAUGAGUUUUCCUAUUGGAGGCUUAUAUGCCACAUGUCUUCUCGCCAACCUCAUCGCUCGGGAAUCCUACCUGCAGCCACAGACAGUCCACCAAUCCGGGAUUUCUGAAAUAAGUUUUACAGGUUUCGCGCAGGUGAUUCAUGUUGACUUACCAGGCAAUCACUCCGGGCAUCAGGAAACAUUGGUGAUGCAAGGAGGAACUGAUUCCUCCAAAGAGUCUUCCUGUUGAGUUGAAUGACUAUAAUCCACCAUCUCCGUAUUGUUGUAAUUGCCUAGAGUUAAGUUGUCAUCGUAAGUAGUAUGUGUCCAGAAGCUGCUCAAUUUCCACUGUAUAUUUACAUUCAUCGGCCGUAGUCAGACCAUCAGAAGGAAUACAGAUCGUUUAUUUUC